AUGUGCAAUACCAAGAUGUCCUCCCUUACGGAUGGCUCCUCUGUCACCGCGUCGGAGCAAGAGGCGCUGGUUAAACCAAAGCCACUGUUGUUGAAGUUGUUAAAGUUAGCUGGUGCAGAAAAGGACACUUUUACUAUGAAGGAGGUAAUAUUCUAUCUUGGACAAUAUAUUAUGUCUAAACAAUUAUAUGAUGAAAAACAGCAACAUAUUGUACACUGUGCAAAUGAUCUCCUGGGGGAUUUAUUUGGAGUAACAAGCUUUUCAGUUAAAGAACACAGGAGACUAUAUUCAAUGAUUUCCAGAAAUCUGAUAGCAAUCAAUCAACAAGACUCUACGCUUGCUGACACACCUGAGGAUGAUGCCAGAUUUCAGCUUGAAGAAGAAAAUGUUCUAAAGGAAUCUAUGCAAGAGUUAGAAGAGAAGCAGACUUCAUCAAACGUGACUUCCCGACCAACUACAUCAUCUAGGAGGAGAACACACAGUGAAUCUGAAGAAAAUUCUUCAGAUGAUCUGCAUAGUGACAGAAGAAAACGACACAAGUCAGACAGCAUUUCGUUGACGUUUGAUGAAAGUCUCUCAUGGUGUGUAGUCAGUGGUCUGUGCCGUGAAAGAAGCAAUAGCAGCGAUUCAACAGAUUCUCUUUCCAUUCCUGAUCUUGAUGCCAGUUCAUUAAGCGAAAACUCCGAUUGGUUUGACCACAGUUCUGUUUCAGACCAGUUCAGUGUAGAGUUUGAAGUUGAGUCUAUUUAUUCAGAAGAUUAUAGCCAUAAUGAAGAAGGACUGGAGCUUACAGAUGAAGAUGAUGAGGUAUAUCAGCUGACUAUUUAUCAGGAUGAAGACAGUGAUGCUGAUUCAUUUGAUGAAGAUCCAGAGAUUUCUCUAGCUGAUUACUGGAAGUGUCCUGAAUGUAGCGAAAUGAACCCUCCGCUGCCACGACAUUGCCACAGAUGCUGGGCCCUUCGCGAGGACUGGCUUCCGGAUGAGAAGAGCAAUAAACUGGUAAAGAGCAAAUUAGAAAGUUCCUUCCCCCUAGAGUCUGAAGAAGGUUUUGAUGUUCCUGACUGCAAGAAAGUUAAAACGACUGAGGAUAAAGAACCAGCUGUAGAGGAGAAUGAGGAUAAAGCGGUACAGAUUUCCGAGUCCCAGGAAAGUGAAGAUUAUUCGCAGCCAUCGACAUCGAGCAGCAUGUUCUGCAGCAGUCAGGAGGACUACAAGGAACCUGAGAAGAGAGAAGCGCAAGACAAAGAGGAAAGCAUGGAAUCCAGCCUGCCUGUUACCAGCAUAGAGCCCUGCGUCAUUUGCCAGAGCAGACCUAAAAAUGGUUGCAUAGUACAUGGCAAAACGGGACACCUCAUGUCGUGUUUUACGUGUGCAAGAAAACUUAAGAAGAGGAACAAACCCUGCCCGGUGUGCAGACAGCCCAUACAAAUGAUUGUACUAACUUAUUUUAGCUAGGUGGAUGGUGACUGGAAAGUAGCAAAAGGAACUUGAUAAACUGGUUAAGAGAGUAAGAAACUAUUUUUGUAUGCUUAUUGGAAAAUUAAUAUUUUGAGUGUCUUUACAGUUUGGUAUGAAAGGUAAUUGCUGAAAUAAAUGCACUGGAGUUGUUAAGAGGUUAGCUUAAUAUUCAUGAAUCAACUUGAAGAUUUUAAAUCUCUCUCAACAGAAAUAACCAAUUCCUGUAAGCUACCUGCCUUUCCAAGUGCUUUAUGUUCCAUACAAGGUAGGGACGUUUGUUUUUACCGGAUUAAAUACGCACAUUAGAACCCCAAUUUCAAUGAUAAUGAGAGGAGAGACAUGUUGACGAGUUGUUAAUGUGAGUUCCUCCUCUUAAGAAGGUAGAAGAUUGUCCAUAUUCUAGUAUCUGUUGCCAGGCUCAAUCAGAACCCUCUGAACAAGUCAAUAAAAGAAAUAAAUAGAAUCUUGUCUCCCUCAUUCCCAAAACUUAAAUUUGUCCAAGUUACCAAAUUUUGGGGGAGAUCUUGCCAGAUGCGGCAGAAAAUCGUGUCAGGUUUUGGAAACAGAAAAAGGGCGUGUGUCUCAUUUUUAUAGUGUGAGUUGUGAACUCCAGGUGCCCUGAGAAGCCACUGAUCCAAGCUCAGUCUUAGAGUUCUCCCUUGAACAUCCUAAGAAACUGGCUUUUGAAAUGCUUGGUGGGUUUGGAGGUCUGUGCUAUCCCGAUAAGGAUUUUAGAGAAAAGGCUUGGAACAGACAAGAAAAAUGAAGGAGAUGCUGUGUAACGUCAAGUCGGGCAAUGUUAGGGGACAGUCCUACUCUUUCUCCGCGCUUGCAGUUGACUUCAGCAGUACAGCAUGCAGCUUGAUCAUUACAUUCACAUGGAUAAAAAUAAUAAGGAAAAAAAGUCCAGCUCCAUCUGCAGAAACAAGUAAGCUGUGGAGUUCUAGUUCACGUAGGCGUUCUUUAAAUGCAGUAGUCUUUCCAACUUAACACUGUUUUUAUCUGUAUCACAAGAAUUCUGAAAAUCUGUCGCAAGGUGUUUGGCCAACUCAAAACUGGUCUCAUUGGACCUGUCCUUUGCUGCUUCUAGCUCUUGUCUCCUCGCUGUACGUUGUCCAAACCUUUGUGAAACUUAAUGCUUCCUUUCUUAAGAGUCUACUGACUCACUCAGUGCUGUGGGGUGCUCAGAGGAGGUAGCGGGUGCAUAUUUUUGUAAGCUGAGGUAUCUACAGGAUGUAGUUAGAUUACUCCUCUGAGCUGGUUUUCAGACGGAGGCUUUCUGUACCGGUGAGUUGUAUUUAUUCCUUUGGAACACGGGAUCACAAGAGGAACUGGUUUUAGCACCUUUUAAUUUUACAGGUAGUUGCUGAUCACCUGCCCAACAGAGAGUGGCAAAAAAAGUAGUUUCAGCAUCAGGGGAGUGCCAGGAACGGAGACGUAGCCUAAAUGCGGGAACGGUGCCGUGUUACCACCCCGCAGGCCAAGGUUGGACACCUUGCUUAACACCACCGGUACGCUGCCAGUGACACCCGUGUGCCAGCACAAAGACUUCCCUUCAUGGUGGAGCUGAAAUAGUUACUCUGGUGUCAAGGGUCUGUAAACCAGGGCUGCAAACGCCUGGAAUACAAGGAAGGACCUAGGAAAGGGCCAUAAAGCUGUUUGGGAGAGACUCGGUAAACCCUUGGAAGAAAUAGCUUCGUGGGUAGCGACUGAAUCACCGGGAUCAGUCAUGAUUUGUUUGUACGUUUGAGCUAAUUGUUGAAAAGUGUUACUAGAAGAUACUGGUAUCUCUGAAGUUUUACCAUAAUUCAUUUUAACGAAACAAAACACAAGACCUGCUUGCGUGCAUUUCUUCACGUUCUUCCUUGCAAGUUUCCUGCCCCUUGCAAAUGGUAAAGCGAGAGCAGGCAGCUGGACGU